CCGAGCAAUAUGAUGGGGGUAAAUUGGCUGUGUGCUUGCGUCCAGGGAUGCUGGUGAUAUCCAAGCUUGGACAUCCUUUCUGGUCUUCACAACAUCCGUCGAGCUAUGGAGUUCUCAACCGCGCUUAUUCUCAUCGCUAUACUCGCUUCCACUGUCACAAUGACCCUUGCUGCUGCUAUUCGUAGUGUCCUGAUGCCGAAGGGUCCAGUAAAGCCUAACUCGUACAUCGUUGCGCUCAAAUCCGGUACGGAUAUGGAAGAUCAUAUCGAGGGUAUCGCUCGGAUAUCCGCCCGGAGCCCUGGGUCAGAAUUUUCAAUCACUCAACGGUAUAGAAUCCUGAAUGGCUACGCCGCACACGCAACUGGAGCAUCUCUUACUCGCAUUCUCAAUUGCCCCGACGUUGAUUAUGUCCAAGCUGAUGGCAUAGCUUUCUUCGACUAUGGCCUCCGCCAAGUGAACCAUGAGGAUGCGGAUGUUUCAGUUGAAAUGGGGGAUGAUCCGGCUGGACUCGAAGGACGUGCUGGCAGUGGGCCCGGGGAUGGAGUAGAUAUUUAUGGGGUUGAUUCCGGAGUUUUCUAUAGACACUUAUACUUUGGUGGACGGGCUGCUCUCAUCGCUUUCAUGGACGGGUCCCUCCGGGAUGUCAGCGGUCAUGGCACAGCUCUCGCCGGGGUCGCAAUGGGGAGUGUGUUUGGGAAAGCGACUUCCGCCCUGAUGUUUGGGGUCAAGGUUACCAACGAUGAAAACAUUGCAGAGAUCUCCAACGUAAUCGCAGGCCUCGAUUUCGUUGUGGAGCGAUUCAGAAAACGAGGACGUCCUGCCAUUGCGUUAGUGCCCGUCAUCGGAGAGUCAGAUGAGGGCCUUAACAAUGCCGUCAGGGGAGCAAUCGCCCUUGGGUUGCAUGUUGUAGUCGGCGCAGGGAAUGACGGGAUGAACGCAGAGGGUUUCAGUCCAGCGUCUGUUGGUGAAGCUAUCACCGUUGGCGCUAUCAACAACUGUUACGAGUUGACGGAGUGGUCCAACUGGGGACGUGACGUUGAUAUUCUCGCCCCAGGUGUCGAUAUUGUUAGUACUGGGAUCGGUGGCGAAACUGCAGUGAGCGUCAAGAGUGGCACUAGCAUGUCAGCCGCGCAAGUUGCGGGCGAGUUAGCCGUUGCUUUGGGUCAAUAUGGACAGAUGACUCCUGCCGCUCUAAAAGCUGCCCUACUACGCCGCGCCAUUCCAAUGGCUAAGGUCCAGCGAAGGGACACCACGAGCUUGGUGGCCGCCAAGAUCUGACAUUGGUGAUGGUGACUUCUGAUUCAUAGAAGUAAUAGACGCAUAUUCGGCACGACCUGCCUCCGCAAUCUUUCCCUGUUCUCACCCCGCUUCUUGUACGAGUCAGUCAUUUAUGUGUGCUAUUCAUUUGUUUCAUUCCCGUAGCCAGGUUGGUUAUCUCAGAGUUUUUGCAGGGAUGAUCCUGGUUUCUAGGUAGAGGUGGUCCGCAGCCUCGUAAGUACGUGGCAGUGCGGCUAUCCUACAUGAGGGGAUCGUCCAAUGUAAAGGAAGGGCAGGUGUUGUAGUUUC